AUGUCCGACUCAGGAGCUCAAACACCCGUUGGGUCUUCUUCCUUAAUGGAAAAGGAAUACAAGGAAGACGGAGUAGAUGCUAUCACUCCUACUCCAGAGCCUGAAGCUGUUGCUGCUCACGAAGCCUUAGCACAAAAAGGUUUCAAAGAUCAUUUGUUGAUGGUCUUCUUUUGUUUGUGUGUUGCCUUUGGUGGUUUCGUUUUCGGUUUCGAUACUGGUACUAUUUCCGGUUUCGUGAAUAUGGAUGAUUUCUUGACCAGAUUUGGUGCAGAUGAAAACGGAACUUACACUUUAUCUAACACUAGAACCGGUUGUAUUGUUGCUAUCUUCAACAUCGGUUGUGCUGUUGGUGGUAUUUUCUUCUCCAAGAUUGCUGAUGUAUGGGGUAGAAGAGUUGGUCUUAUGUUUGCCAUGGUCAUCUACGUUGUUGGUAUUAUCAUUCAAAUCGCUUCUCAACACGCCUGGUACCAAAUUGUCAUUGGAAGAGCUAUUGCUGGUUUAGGUGUCGGUACCGUCUCAGUUGUCUCUCCUAUGUUUAUCGGUGAAAGUGCACCUAAGGCUAUUAGAGGUACUAUGGUUGUCUGUUUCCAAUUGUUCAUCACCAUGGGUAUCUUCUUAGGUUACUGUACUACUUACGGUACCAAGAACUACACUGACUCCAGACAAUGGAGAAUUCCUCUUGGUUUAUGUUUCGCCUGGGCUAUUAUCUUGAUCUCCGGUAUGGUUUUCAUGCCUGAAUCUCCAAGAUACUUGGUUGAAAAGAACAAGAUUGAAGAAGCUAAGCUUUCUAUUGCUAGAUCCAACAACAUUUCUCCAGAAGACCCAGCCUGUUACCAUGAAGUUCAAUUAAUUCAAGCCGGUGUUGACAGAGAAAGACUUGCUGGUUCCGCUUCUUGGGGUCAAUUAUUCACUGGUAAGCCAAAGAUGUUGAUGAGAGUCAUUACCGGUGUUAUGUUACAAUCCUUACAACAAUUAACUGGUGACAACUAUUUCUUCUACUAUGGUACUACCAUUUUCAAGGCUGUUGGUUUAACUGAUUCUUUCCAAACCUCCAUUGUCAUUGGUAUUGUUAACUUUGCAUCUACUUUCGUCGGUAUCUGGACAAUUGAAAGAUUCGGUAGAAGACAAUGUUUACUUGUCGGUGCCGGUUCUAUGUUCAUCUGUUUCAUUAUCUACGCUGUUCUUGGUUCGACUAACUUGUACGUUGACGGUUAUGAUGGUGCCACCAGAACUUCUACUGGUGAUGCCAUGAUCUUCAUUACCUGUUUGUACAUUUUCUUCUUUGCCUCAACCUGGGCUGGUGGUGUUUACUGUAUUGUUUCCGAAAUCUACCCAUUAAGAAUCAGAUCAAAGGCCAUGUCUGUUGCCACUGCUGCUAACUGGAUCUGGGGUUUCUUGAUUUCUUUCUUCACUCCAUUCAUCACCUCCGCUAUUCACUUUUACUACGGAUUUGUCUUUGCUGGUUGUUUGAUUUUUGCUUUCUUCUACGUUUACUUCUUUGUUAUGGAAACAAAGGGUCUUUCAUUAGAAGAAGUUGAUGAAUUAUAUGCCUCCGGUGUCACUGCCAUGUCUUCAUCCAAAUGGGUUCCACCAAGCGAAGAAUCCAUGGCUACCACUACUGGAUUCGCCGCUGAACACAAGGCUGAAGUUGAACAAGUUUAG